AUGAGCGUGGCUUGGCCGCGUACACUGGUGUUGCAUCAUACGCCCGAGCCUUCAUUGGGGGCGUUGAAUGUGGCACACUCUCAAAGCCAGCAUGCAGGCAGAACGGCACGCAACGUCUAUGGCCGCACGCAGCUCGAUCACAAGUUUGUGUCCAGUGAAGCACAGUAUGGCCACCAGUUUGUGUCUGAAGAAUGGCACAAGCUCAUGAAGCUGGUAGAUGUAGAGGAUCAGAUCCAAGCCGAGGCCGUGGAUGGGCAGACCUGCGUGCAACAAGUGGUUCAUAAACAGGUGGUCAUCCAGUCGUCUCGGGUCAGAAACGUCAGCACACAGGUGCAAGCGACCGUGGGCACGCAAACAGAUCCCGAGGUUGAAGCCUGCCUUGAUGCUGAGGAUGACAUUGACGAUAUCAUUGCCGGGUUGGAUCUAGACGAAGCCGAGGCAGCCGGAUCGUCCAUGCCAGUUGCCGUGCCGCGAGCCGUGGAAGAGGCUGCGUCGACGGCCUUGCAGCAAGAGCCAAGCCAGCACAAUGACCAAACGCAGCAACAAGAGUAUGAAGAUCAGCUUUGGCUUGCUCAAUGUGUGCGGCAAGCGUGGAAGACAACAUUUCGCGACUGGGAUCAGUAUCGAUUGGCACAGGCUAUGACUCGGCACGAGGCCCAGGACGGCUGGCUGUUGGCCGUGGCCCCGACUGGCAUGGGCAAGACGCUGUGUACACUCGCUCACCUCCAGCCACGCAGGGUCGUGGUGUGGGUAGUCCCGCUUCGUGAGCUUGCCAGAGACUUGUGCCGCCGCUUCAAGCAGGCUGACAUUGUAUCGCAGUGGGCUAAGAAUGAUGGCCGUGACAUGCAAGUCAACGUUCAAGUGAUUGUCAUGACGGUUGACUUUUUGGUUGGCCAUGGGAUGAGCUGCAGCAGAGACCGCUUGGUUGCUCACCACCAGCCUUCUAACUGCCCGGUCAUGAAAGGGCGCUGCUUUCGAUGCCACUGCCGCGGUCAUGGUAGUAGCAAUUGCCAAGUGACCUUGGGGGCGGGUGUUUGCUACCGGUGUUGGAGGCCGCAGAAGAUUGGGGGUGAUCAAGUGGUGGAGUGCACGGGGCGGGCCUGUGCCCAGCGCAACCGCGAGACCAUCCGGGCACUGGUCGCGUCUGUGUCACGCAGUCAAACUUUGCACGGCAUCAUGCAGCGCAUGGAGAGCCCGGCUGAGCUGCUGGCAGUUGGAGGGCGGGACUUUGACCCGUCGGAGAUGCAGGCGCUUGUGGGCUGGCUGUACGGAGCAGAGGGGCGCGUUGGCCAUCCGCGCGUGUUGAAGUUUGUGAUUGAGGCGAAACGGCAGUUUGCAAUGUUGAAGUGA